CUGGACAAACAGUUGUUGUUGUUUUCCCUUUCUCUUUGUGCGACAUGGAGCCUUGCGUCGAGUAGUGUGGUUGUUGAUAUUCUAGUAAUUUCACGAGUGCACGUGCUUCAAAGGAAUUCCUUCAGUGUCUUUCGACAUGGAUACUUAUCUUCUGAACAACAAUCGGAAGUCGUCGACGGUGAAGGUGACCAUCACCCCGUCGCAGCCCAGGACGCUGUCGCACCUGCCCAAGCGGCCGCCCGUGGACAUCGCCUUCUCGGACCUGACGUACUCCGUGACCGAGGGCCGCAAGAAGAGACCCAGGGCAUCCAGGGGUCAAUCACUAUCAACGGUCAUGAAAGAAACUUGAGCCAGUUCCGCAAGCUAUCCUGCUACAUCAUGCAGGACAACCAACUCCAUGCAAACCUCACUGUCGAAGAGGCAAUGCAAGUGGCAACAGCCCUGAAGCUUGGCUCUGAUGUCUCCAAGUCAGAGAAAGAGGAAUUGAUUCAAGAAAUUCUUGAGACCCUUGGUUUGUCUGAACAUGUGAAAACUAUGACCAGCAACCUAUCUGGUGGUCAGAAGAAACGUCUCUCUAUUGCCCUUGAGCUUGUCAACAAUCCUCCAAUUAUGUUCUUUGAUGAGCCUACAAGUGGUCUGGACAGCUCAUCCUGCUUCCAGUGUAUCUCUCUGCUGAAAUCCCUCUCUCGUGGAGGUCGUACCAUUAUCUGCACCAUUCAUCAGCCUUCUGCUCGUCUGUUUGAAAUGUUUGAUCACUUGUAUACCCUUGCUGAGGGUCAGUGUGUUUACCAAGGAUCCACUCAGCAGCUGGUCCCUUUCCUGGGCAAACUUGGUCUGGCAUGUCCUAGCUACCACAACCCUGCCUCUUUCAUCAUUGAAGUUUCGUGUGGUGAAUAUGGAGACAACAUUCGCAAGCUAGUCACUGCGAUUAAAAACGGCAAGCAUGACAUCCGUACUGGUCAGCCCUUCCCAGCCAUAGAAGCUCUCAACAACUCAACAUCUCCUAGCAACAAUCUUAAGAUGACUAAUGCACAGAAUGGAAAUAAUUUGGUGUCCUUUAACAAAGAUGCUACUGACAAAGACCUUUCUGAAAAGAAAGGAAAUGGUAUCAUGCUGGCAUCAUUUAAGUCAAAUGAGAAAGAAAAUGGCAUCAAUGGAGAUGGAUCUCAAGUUGUCAUUCCUGUUGAUUUGUCUGCCAAUGACAAAUCUGAUAAUGUUGCAGCCUCUCUUUUGGAUAGUGGAAUAGUUGACACCAAGAGGAGAUAUCCUGUGUCUGAGUGGAAACAGUUCUGGGUUGUUCUAAAGCGUACCCUUCUGUUCAGUAGGAGAGAUUGGACACUCAUGUACCUCCGUCUGUUUGCCCAUAUACUUGUGGGUUUCCUAAUUGGUGCUCUCUAUUAUAACAUUGGUAACGAUGGAGCGAAGGUUCUUAGUAACUUGGGUUUCCUCUUCUUCAACAUGUUGUUCCUUAUGUACACUUCAAUGACCAUCACCAUUUUGUCCUUCCCUCUGGAAAUGCCUGUUCUUUUAAAAGAAAGUUUUAAUCGCUGGUAUUCACUGAGGUCAUAUUACUUGGCCAUAACAGUAUCUGAUUUACCAUUCCAGACAAUAUUCUGUGUGAUUUAUGUCACAAUUGUAUAUUUCAUGACAUCACAACCCCCAGAACUUGAGAGAUUUGCCAUGUUCCUCUCAGCUUGUCUACUUAUUGCAUUUGUUGCUCAGAGUGUUGGUCUUGUGGUUGGUGCAGCCAUGAAUGUCCAGAAUGGUGUCUUUUUGGCUCCUGUUAUGUCCGUGCCAUUCCUCCUGUUCUCUGGCUUCUUCGUGAGCUUUGAUGCCAUUCCUAUCUAUCUGAGAUGGAUCACAUAUUUGAGUUACAUCAGAUAUGGUUUUGAGGGAACUGCUCUUGCCACCUACAGUUUUGCUCGUGAGAAGCUUAAGUGUUCCCAGACAUACUGUCACUUCAAGAAUCCUGAGACUACGUUGGAAGAAUUGGACAUGUUGGACAAGGAUUUCCGUGUUGACAUUGUUGCUCUAGUGCUGAUAUUUAUUGUACUUAGAGUUUCGGCCUUUGUGUUCCUUCGUUGGAAGUUGCGCGCAGCCCACUAAACUAUUUCUGUAGGGGCAGUAUUUGCCGAUAUUUGCUCUCUGAAUUGCUCAUGCAUCAUGGUAUCAAAGCCAUAGUUGCCCCACUAUUUUGACCUAUAAGUUAGGUUUGUAUAUAUUUAUGGUUUAUAAUGAUUAUCAUUACUAUUUGAAUUUGUUUCUGUGUAUGUUUUAUCGUAGUUUGUGCUAUGUUUUUGUUCCAAAAUUAACCCUUUUUCAAUUUUUGUACCCUUCUUGUUUUGAUAUUCUAUUAAGUACAUAAAAUAGUAGAAAUGUGAUACUGAACCUCUCAGCUGUAUUAUAUCCUAAAAUAUACUUUUAUUUGUAUGUUGAUUUCAAAUUUUGUUUUUCCUUGCUUUUGGACAGUGGACUUCGAGAUUUACAAAAUCAAAUGAAAAUAUUUCUUACUUAAAAUAAAAGCUCUGACCCAGAACAAUUAUUUUUAUACUGCUAAUCAGAGGACAGGCAAUUGUAAUAGACCAAACAAAGUUACAUCGUGAUAAACAUUUUUACUUUAGAGUUUUGUUAUUGUUUUGUUGUCGGUGAUAAUGAGUGAAGAAGUAUGUUUUGUUCUAUGUUGUGAGUGUGAGAACUGGAACUCUACAUGCUGUAGACAUUGAUGUGGUGCUAUGUAGUUAGUGAGAAUUUUCUCUCUGUGGUAUGACAAACAAAAAAGUUGAGGAAUAAUGAAUGGCUGUGAUAAACCAUGGCCAUUAUUCAAUUCUUGAUAUAGAUGGUUGUGCUUUGUUAAAAUGGUAGUUUUGCCGUAUCAUGAAGAUUGCAAGAAAAAUAAGGGCACAAUGUUAGUGCAAAAUCACAUUUCAUUUAAAUAAUUUAAUUGUAACUCAUUUACCAUUUUUUUCAUUUAUGUGUUGCCUUACUGAGCAUUUGUAUCAAAUCAUCACCAUUUUUAUUAUACUUCCUUUCUGUCAUAUGAGCCAAACUUUAUUUUUGUCAAACAUUUUUGUCCUUUUUAAUUUGUUUAAUUUCUUAUCUCUAAGUUUAUGUCAGUAAUGUUCAGUCUUCUAUGUGAAUUGCCUGUGCGAAUGCAUUAGGAAUGCCUGGAUUACAGGGUUAAACACAAACGUACCAAUGUUGUUGGCCAACAUGGCACUAGUUUUGUGGCUUUCUUAUUUCUUGUGGGUCAUGCUCAUAAGGAAGGAAGCACUUUCAUACAAAUGCUGUAUUAUUUUCUUAAGCAAUUUUUUAACAACAGGGUUUAAGGAAUGAGGGGACCAUAUCCAAGAUAUAAGUCUUAUCUUAUCUGUUAUUGUGUAAUUAUAAUUUUAAUGUAGAAAUUUUUACUAUC